GCUGUUGAAAAUCUCUGCUCCUACAAGAUUUCUGCAAACUUGUAUAAACAAUUGAGACAGAUCUGUGAAGACCACAUUAAAGCACAAAUUCACCAAUUCAGAGAGGAUUCGUUGGAUAGCGUCCUUUUUCUAAAGAAAAUAGACAAAUGUUGGCAAGAUCACUGCAGACAAAUGAUUAUGAUUAGAAGUAUCUUUUUGUUCUUGGAUCGAACUUAUGUACUUCAGAAUUCAAUGCUGCCGUCUAUUUGGGAUAUGGGGCUAGAAUUGUUCAGAACUCAUAUAAUCAGUGAUCAGAAGGUCCAGAACAAAACUAUUGAUGGCAUUCUUCUGCUGAUUGAGAGGGAAAGAAAUGGUGAGGCUAUUGAUAGGAGUUUACUGCGAAGCCUUCUAAGCAUGCUUUCUGACUUGCAGAUUUAUCAAGACUCUUUCGAACAUAGAUUCUUGGAAGAGACUAACCGACUGUAUGCAGCAGAGGGACAGAGGCUUAUGCAGGAACGAGAGGUUCCAGAAUAUCUUCACCAUGUCAACAAGCGCUUGGAAGAAGAAGCAGACAGAAUAAUCACUUAUUUAGAUCAGAGCACACAGAAGCCACUAAUUGCUACUGUAGAAAAGCAACUUCUAGGUGAACAUUUAACAGCCAUUCUUCAGAAAGGUUUAAACCACCUCCUUGAUGAAAACAGAAUUCAAGACCUGUCUCUUCUGUAUCAGUUGUUCAGUCGUGUGAGAGGUGGAGUACAGGUUCUCUUGCAACACUGGAUUGAGUACAUAAAGGCAUUUGGUAGCACCAUAGUAAUUAAUCCAGAAAAAGACAAAACCAUGGUCCAAGAACUACUUGAUUUUAAAGACAAAGUUGACCAUAUUAUUGAUGUUUGCUUCCUCAAGAAUGAGAAAUUUGUAAAUGCCAUGAAAGAAGCCUUUGAAACAUUCAUUAACAAAAGACCAAAUAAGCCAGCUGAACUUAUAGCUAAAUAUGUAGAUUCAAAGCUUCGUGCAGGCAACAAAGAAGCUACUGAUGAAGAACUUGAAAAAAUGCUGGAUAAAAUUAUGAUCAUAUUUAGAUUCAUAUAUGGAAAAGAUGUCUUCGAGGCCUUUUAUAAAAAAGAUCUAGCAAAGAGACUGUUAGUUGGGAAGAGUGCAUCAGUAGAUGCUGAAAAAUCUAUGCUUUCCAAACUCAAACAUGAAUGUGGAGCUGCUUUCACCAGCAAACUUGAAGGAAUGUUUAAAGAUAUGGAGCUUUCAAAAGACAUAAUGAUACAAUUUAAACAGUAUAUGCAAAAUCAGAAUGUACCUGGCAACAUUGAACUAACAGUGAAUAUUCUGACUAUGGGUUAUUGGCCAACCUACGUGCCUAUGGAGGUCCAUUUGCCCCCAGAGAUGGUAAAACUGCAGGAGAUUUUCAAGACCUUUUAUUUAGGCAAACACAGUGGUAGGAAACUUCAGUGGCAGUCAACACUAGGACACUGUGUACUAAAAGCAGAAUUUAAAGAGGGCAAAAAAGAACUUCAAGUCUCCUUGUUCCAGACACUGGUGCUGCUCAUGUUUAAUGAAGGGGAGGAGUUCAGUUUAGAGGAGAUAAAACAAGCCACUGGGAUAGAGGAUGGAGAGCUGAGGAGGACACUUCAAUCUCUGGCUUGUGGCAAAGCCAGAGUACUGACUAAAAGCCCGAAAGGCAAAGAUGUGGAAGAUGGUGAUAAAUUCACAUGUAAUGAUGAUUUCAGACAUAAGCUCUUCAGGAUAAAGAUCAACCAAAUUCAGAUGAAAGAAACGGUAGAGGAACAGGCAAGCACUACAGAGAGAGUAUUCCAGGACCGGCAGUACCAGAUUGAUGCUGCAAUUGUACGAAUCAUGAAGAUGCGCAAGACACUGAGUCAUAACCUGCUUGUGUCGGAGGUCUACAACCAGCUUAAAUUCCCAGUAAAGCCUGCUGACCUUAAGAAGAGAAUAGAAUCCUUAAUUGACAGGGACUAUAUGGAAAGAGAUAAAGAAAACCCGAAUCAGUACAACUAUAUUGCAUAAACGUGUUGGCCUUUGUUUUACUGCACACUUGGUGUCAUACACAGUUGCCAGUGGAUAAACUAGCCUGUUGAUCCUGUUAAUUGACUUUUCAUACUACCGAUGAUUGAAUGAAAGCAAUGUAAUGGAAAGGUAUAGUAGAGUGGACUUCUUUCAGUGGUUAACAUGCCCACUUAAAGAGUACUAUUUACAUUUUAAGAAGAAUGCUGUUGAACUCUUUGCAUGUUAUUUAGUAAGAUGUGCAGAAAGCUGAAAGAAAGUACCUGGUCUUUGUGAUUUCAUUUGUCUCUGGGUCUGAAGAGGAGUCCCU